CCCGCAGGAUUGCCGGGUCCUCGCACCGGCACUUGGCGCCCUGGCGGCGAGCACACCGGUCUCUUCAAAGGGGCUUCCGACCAGUUCGGACGGUCUCACCUCGGGCGUCUCAGUGUGGUGUUGCGGCAUUUCCAGAAAAAGUAAGGUCCCCGGUCGCUUGGUGGCGCGCACCCUUCGAUAGCUCAGCUGGUAGAGCGGAGGACUGUAGAUCCGACACGUGUGGUCAUCCUUAGGUCGCUGGUUCGAUUCCGGCUCGAAGGAGGUGCUGGUUGCUUUUGCUCCCCAGUGAAAAGCAGGGGAGGUUCUCACCAGGUGGCUAACUUUAGUGCUGGGUCCUUAAGGCUAAAUUGGGAGAAAGAGAUUGAAGUGGAGAGAGCACCCAGAAGGAAAUGGGCUGGACUGUCAUCAAGAAGGAGCAGCUUCACUGUGGGGACAGACUGGUUUGGGUGUGGGUACAGAGAACAGCAGGGAGUGGUACUUUCUCCCUCCCUUCCUGUGGGAGGGAAACUCCAGAGACUGCUUACAGUUGGGAGUCCAUCUCAGAGGACUCUACACUUGAGCCUCCGCAGUACGUUACCCCAGUUAGAGCACACAGUGUGUCUUUCUGCCUCCCCCCACCCCCGGCUGGGACUAGCCUUGACUGCAGGCCCCUGACUCCUCCGUAUCCCCGCCUCGCGCCCCAGGUCCCCCGAUCUGAAGCCUCCACCUUCAGUGCCUCCCACCACGUGGCCUACUUCGAAGCUUCUGCCAAACUGCGCCUCAACGUGGAUGAGGCCUUCGAGCAGCUGGUGCGGGCCGUCCGGAAGCCUCGCUGCGACCGGAAGUCAUGGUGGGCAGGAGGGCGAAGGGGCAUAUCAGCUUCCACGGGAGGUGAGGCUCUUAGUUUCGGAACAUGCAAACCUGGAAAAGUGCCGAUGUGCCGAAAAGUGAAGAAAUGUACGGUGACUGAUUUGGGGGCAUAUCAAGCUCACAGGAGCCAGUUUCAAAGGAGUCCCACUGCCAAAUCAGGAUUCCACAUGUAAGUGAUAAAAGACUCGUGAGAGUCCAUUAGACUGCGAGAUCAAACGAAUCAAUCCUAAGUGAAAUCAGCCCUUAAUAUUCAUUGGAGAAACGGAUGCUGAAGCUUCAAUACUUUGGCCACCUGAUGCGAAGAGCUGAUUCAUUUGAAAAGAACCUGAAUCUGAGAAAAAUUGAAAACAGGAGAAAAACAGGUGACAUACAGGACGAUGACGAGAUGUUUGGAUUGCACCACGACUCGAUGAGCAGAAAUAGUGAAGAACAAGUAAGCCUAGCUUGCUGUCCAAGUGCUCGCACCGUCAGGCAUGACUGAAACAAUAAAUGACAUAUACAUUGGGGUUCUUCCCUGACAUUUAAUACUACAACUGGCAAAUGGCAAAGCUUGUUCGAGAAAGUUUUCUUUGAAACAGAAAACCCUUUUCCUACCUAAUCAGGUAACGCUGAAAAAAAAAAGUCGAUGGAAAAAUAAUAAAUGCUUGCAAAACAUCUCUGAAAGAAAAACAAAACAAAUCCAAAAAUGCAACUCAAGGCAAUUUAUUAACUUAUUAAACCAUCACAAAGCUGUACAUUAAAGAAACUAAACACAAGUAUAAACACGUAGUUAUCCAUAUUCUGUCUGUCAAUAAACCAGAUUAAUCAGGGGAAAGCGCGAACGCAGUCCCCCACUACCACAAAUUAUGCAGUCGAGUUUCCCACAUUUGGGGAAAUCGCAGGGGUCAGCACAUCCGGAGUGCAAUGGAUAAGCCUCGCCCUGGGAAAACCACCUUCGUGAUCAU